GCGCACCUCAAAAGCCCAAAAAGAGGAAGUGCACUGCCCUGCACUCUCUCCCACUUCUCGUCCCCUCCAAGCAGAGAAGACUUUGUGCAGUUUUCUCACGCGUCCAGUUCGACCGAACAUCCAAUUCGUACAGUUAACCGCACCAACUCUCUGCAACAAAACAAAGAACCCUACUUUCACAACAAAACCCUAAUCAUCAAAACAGAAACUGAUUUUGUUUUGUGGUUCCCCUAAUUCCUCUCUCCAUGACGACAGAAAUCGACCAACUUCUUGUGCUCACCCGCCGUUGAUUCCCGCCUGCGUCACCCGCAUUAGUCUUUUGCAGCGCCUUAUCUGAAGGUUGAAUUUUGAAGGUCUGCCCUGUUUAUCAUUAGUUGCUCAGUGUUCAGUAGCAACUAUGGGCAGUUCAUUCAACCCACAAAUUUUGGUGGAGAAGCUAGCCAAGCUCAAUAACUCACAAGCGAGCAUAGAGACUUUAUCACAUUGGUGUAUUUUCCAUAUGAAUAAGGCAAAACAAGUUGUUGAAACUUGGGACAGACAAUUUCAUUGCUCCCCACGUGAGCAGAGAUUGGCCUUUCUGUAUCUAGCCAAUGACAUUUUGCAGAAUAGCAGGCGUAAGGGUUCAGAAUUUGUUGGUGAAUUUUGGAAGGUUCUUCCUGAUGCUCUCCGUGAUGUGAUUGAAAUUGGGGAUGAAUUUGGAAGGAAUGCUGCAUUUCGUCUGAUCAGUAUAUGGGAAGAGAGAAAAGUAUUUGGUUCUCGGGGACAAAUUCUUAAGGAAGAGCUUGUUGGCAGACAAUCAGAAAAUAAUAGUAGUAGAAAUGGCAGGCAUGUAGGCCUCAAGCUGCAGAAGCAGCCUGUUGGAAGUACAGUGGACAAAAUAGUUUCAGCCUAUCAAGUUGUUUAUGGUAGCCAGAUGGAUGAAGAUGUUAUAUUGAGCAAAUGUAGGAAUGCUAUUAGCUGUAUUGAGAAAGUAGAUAAGGAAAUUGGUACUGAUAUCAAUUCAGGGCAGUUCCAUGGAUCUGCACUUGUGGAGGAGGUGCAGGGUCAGCAUGCUGUAUUGAGAGACUGUAUUGAGCAGCUAACAGCUGCUGCAUCAUCGAGAGCUAGUCUCAUCUCACAUUUGAGAGAGGCCCUUCAGGAGCAGGAAUUCAAGCUGAAGCAAGUUCGUACACAACUUCAGGCUGCACAGUCCCAAUCGGAACAGGCAGAUAAUAUCUGCAGACAGUUAUUAAGUUGUGAGAAUCCCCAGUUGGUGGCAGAGCAAAGUUCAAAGGAAUCUCUCACAUCCAUUGCACCUCAGAGUUUUAUUCCGGCGGCUACAGAGCAAUCAGCUCCUGUGAUGUAUUCCCGGCAAGUGUCUUUUCCUGAUAAUUCUGGCCACACUGAGGAAGAUCCUCGGAAAUCUGCAGCUGCUGCAGUGGCAGCGAAGCUAACUGCAUCAACAUCCUCAGCCCAGAUGCUUUCCUAUGUCCUCUCUUCCCUUGCUUCUGAAGGUGUCAUUGGCAAUCCUACGAAAGAAUCUUCUGGUGAUUACCCUUCAGAGAAGAGGCCAAAGCUUGAGAAUGACCAGCCUUACAUACCAUCUCAGAAUCCCCAACAAGAACCAGUUUCACCAUUUCCGCACCCUGAAUCUCAUCAGCACAAUGUUGUGACCACCACCCAGCAGUUGACUCCAAAUGAAGUGCCACCUCCUCCAUCAUCGUCCCCUCCACCACUGCCACCGCUGCCGCCAAUGCCACCAUAUGCAGUGCCCCAGUACCUGCCAACUGCUGGAUCAAUAAAUGGUGCGCCUUAUAGCUAUGGCAUGACCCAGUCACAGCAGCCUUCCUUACCGGGUUAUUCAGUGGUUGGGACUGCAAUGACCGGCAUCUCCCCAUUUGCCUCAUCGUCAACUAAUUCUUACCAGAGCUUCCAAGGUUCCGAAGGUUUUUAUAACCAGCCAUCAUCCAUGCCGGCAGUUCCGAUAUCUCGGCAAUAGAACUUUUGAGUUAGGAAUUAGGAUGCUUUCAAGUGAAAUAGUUUUGUCAGAUAACAUAAGGCGUUCAUUCAGAAUCUAAUCCUUGAGCACCAGAACUUUCUUGUUUGGGUGCCACCUAGUAUACCUCGUGUGCACAUUUUGUAAAUGUUUUGUAACUUAUUAUAUUUUUCCACUGUGUUUGAGUCUUUGGUAAAAACUAUAUAUUGCAUUGUUGAAUAUUGGAUAAAUAGAAUUUAGUAGCUUGAUUGGUUGCAUGAA